AUGACCAGAAGUAUUGAAAGCAUUCUGUGUCUUAUCCAGAGUGUUGGCUUGACUGUCAUUAAAGUCGAAGAUGAAGAAGAGAUGUCUAUACUGGGUGAAGAGCCGUGUAAGGAGAAGGAACAUCAGGAGAUCCCUCGGGUCCAUCGUCUGUUUUCCAAAGACUCCACGCAGGAACAUCAGAAGAACCCUCAGGAAGAUCAGAGUGAUGGCUUGACUGUCAUUAAAGUCGAAGAUGAUGAAGAGAUGUCUAUACUGGGUGAAGAGCCGUGUAAGGAGAAGGUAAUCCCUUCAGAGAUCAGCACAGAUGGAGCCAGUAAUGGAAACCCACCAGAGAGAUGUCCCCGUCCUCUGUAUCCCGGGAACUCCACGCGGGAACAUCAUGAGAUCCCUAAGGCCCCUCCUCUGUAUUCCCGGGAUUCCACGCAGGAACGUCAUGAGAUCCCUCAGAGUGAUGGCUUGACUGUCAUUAAAGUUGAAGAUGACGAAGAGAUGUCUAUACUGGGUGAAGAACCAUGUAAGGAGAAGGUAGUCCCUCCAGAGAUCAGCACAGAUGGAACAAGAAGGAAUAACUUGGCCGAAGGUCCUGUGAUCUGUCUAGACAGUGAGACGGAAGACACCGACAUCACGUCUGAUUCUUCGGACUAUGACUCCAUUACGCCGAGUCGCCGUUCAGUCCUUCCUAGUGCAGAUCUUUCCUCCGAUCCGCCCGCCGUCACCAAUCCCGCGCGGUGCAGCAAGGGUGAGAUUUUACCGCGUCCAGAGGGAGGCGAAACUGUUACCAAGACAGAGAACGUUGUUGAGCAAGAGACGAGAGACACGGGCCAGAGUGAGAGUUCUUUCACUUGCUCCGAAUGCGGAAAAUGUUUUGCCCUGAGAUCGAGCCUUACCCGACACCGGAGAGCGCACACCGGGUCCAAGCCGUACGUGUGCACCAAAUGCGGGAAAGGUUUUCUUCUCAGGUCGUACCUGACCAGCCACCAAAAGGUUCACUCAGGGGAGAAGCCCUAUUCCUGCCCCGAUUGUGGCAAAUGUUUUGCCGUCAAGUCGGGUUUCACCCGCCACCAGAAAGUCCACAGUACCGAGAGACCGUUUUCGUGCGAGCAAUGUGGGAAGUGUUUCCAGUGGAAGUCAUCCCUGGACUAUCACAAGAAGACGCACGACGUCGAAAAGCCGUUUGCGUGCCAGCAGUGUGGGAAGUCAUUUCAGUGGAGGACGUUUCUCGACUUUCACAUGCAUACGCACAGCGAUGAAAAGCCCCUUUUCUCCUGA